CAAUGAAACAAACAAACAAACAAAUUUAGCUCCUCGAACCGGGCCGGACCAAUGUGCACAGCGACCCAAGUUUAGACCCCUAUUUAAACAAACAAAUUUAAACUCUGCAGUUUAGAAGAUACUUAGAACAUUAGGACUUUCCAAUAGGCGAUGAUGGCGCUUUCCUCUGCGUUUCGAGAAAGACUAGAACACAUGGAACAUUCUAGAAACCAACGUCUAAUGCUCCUCCUGGCGGAGAAAGAGCUGCAAGCGCACAAAUCUCAGGUUUUGGAAUCGAAACUGGCUCGUAUUGGUUCCAUGGAACGAAGUUGCUUGUUUCUUGAUCAAAAGAUCGCAUCACAAAACUUUAGAAUCUCUGCUCUCAAAUCUGAAAUCGAAAAUCUCGACGCCAAAUAUGAUUCUAGUUCUCGAAAAUUGAAGGCUGUGAAAAGUGAGAUUGAGGAGCUUGAAGAGGUGGAGAAGGAGAGAGAUAAGUUUUACGAACUGAAAAUUUCAGAAAUGAACGAGUUUAGAGAGAAUGUGAAGAGGUUUUUGACGGAAACUCGAACUGGAGUGCAAGAAUUGAGGAACAGUGUAAACGAGCUGAAGUCAACUUUUAUGGAACUUCCAGGCAACAAUGGUUAUAUGAGUAGUUCUGAGAUAGCUGAGGCAGAGAUGAAAAGGGCUGAACUGUUGGCUAUGACAGAGAGUUUAACAAAAACCUUAGUUUCAAAUCACCAAUGAAGAGCAGAGUUGCAAUAG